GCACAAGUCAAAACCAUGCCUUGUUACUAGAUACAGAACAUUUGGGCAUGCUAGUAAUAUUGAGUUGUGUCCUUUCCUUUUGGCGCUUUGUACGCGUCUCGUGAUGGAACGACGGAACAUGGACUGCAGAUGGUGUGUCCGGUCUUCAAAUUACUGGGCUGCUCUUUCCAGCGCGCAAAGUCGAUGAACAGGAUCUUUGUGUUAGUCUCAUCAUCGCAAAUCACUGAUCAUUCAAGCCUGGAUUACGUGGAGCCGCCACACACUGACGUGGAUGGUCACAUCCCAGGGGUCGUUCUGUCGAGUCUGUUACAGACGAGCGUGUACAUCUAUCGGCACUCGCGGGGAUACAGGAGACUCCGCGUUGCCUUCAAGCUGUAUGUGUAUUGCCUUGUACAUAUGGACCACCACUUCAUCCGCGUAAUCGUGCUGGUGCGAAAAUUGAUGCAUUCCAGUACAUGUACGCCGAGCCGUCUUAGUCUAGUGGUUUGCUAUCAGCCUAGAUCUUGUAAGACAAACAUGCUGUGCAAAGAGGUAUCACUGCCGUUAAAAUACUGGCUUGAGGAUGCAAAGCCGAGUCUAUACGGGCAGUCACUUGGGAACAUGUCAUGUGGAACAGAAACUUCUUGGAAGAUUCGGAAAAACAAACCACAUGUACAGGACCAGACGCUCAAAGUCAUAAACUGUGAUGCCCUCCAGGUAGCAGCUCGUACCGAAUGCAAGUGGCAACCCCUACACAAAGCAGGAGGCUUCUCCUUUGCAGCGAGCUCCCCGAAAUCGUCAACUCGAUGUCGAUCGGGACUUCUGAAGCUUAUCGAGAGCCACACUAUGUAACUUCGCAGGCCAAGAUCAGCAACUGAGGGAGCAUGUUGUCCGUGAAAGGGGUGACUUCCGAAUGAUACGGGGCUGGUUGA